UGAGCCGCGCAGGUUUCACUUCGCUCGGUGCAGAGGCUGGGUCACCAGCUUCAGCUUGUUGGAGCUCUGCAGUUCUCGCCGUCGUCGCCGCCGCCACCCGGAUUCUUGAAGCCGCUGGUGCGAGCUUUUCCCCACUACGAUCAGCGCCGCCUCGGGCUGCUCCCUCCCCCCUCCCCCGCCACCGCUUCGGCGUCCUUCCCCCUGCCGCUCGUCCCCCCAAUGUCUGACUCUGACUCUCGGACUGAGAAACGCAAGAAAAAAAGACCAAAUGGCCAAGCAACCUUCCGAUGUAAGUUCUGAGUGUGACAGAGAGGGUGGACAAUUGCAGCCUGCUGAGAGGCCUGCCCAGCUCAGGCCUGGGGCACCUACCUCCCUCCAGACAGAACAGCAAGGUAAUCCCGAAGGCGAAGGGGACCGCUGCCCCCACGGCAGCCCUCAGGGCCCGCUGGCCCCACCGGCCAGCCCUGGGCCUUUUGCUACCAGAUCCCCGCUUUUCAUCUUUGUGAGAAGAUCUUCUCUGCUGUCCCGAUCCUCCAGUGGGUAUUUCUCUUUUGACACAGACAGGAGCCCGGCACCCAUGAGUUGUGACAAAUCAACACAAACCCCAAGUCCUCCUUGCCAGGCCUUCAACCAUUAUCUCAGUGCGAUGGCUUCUAUAAGGCAGUCUCAGGAGGAACCUGCAGAUAUACGCCCCGAAAUAUGGAUUGCACAGGAGCUGCGGCGGAUUGGAGAUGAAUUUAACGCCUCUUACCCAAGGAGGGUAUUUUUGAAUAAUUACCAAGCAGAUGAAGACCACCCCCAAAUGGUUAUCUUACAACUGUUACGUUUCAUCGUCCGCCUGGUGUGGAGAAGGCAUUGAUGGGGUCUUUGCACAACCGAGACACAUGCAGACAUUUCUCUUGUUCAGAUCAGCAAGCCCCAGCACUGCAAUCUCUCUGUGCCAUUACUAUGCAGUCAGCUGUUCCAUCCCAGAGAGGUGUGCGGAGGGUGAGCGACACACUCAGAAGACACCACACCGUGUCGAUGUGAACUUGACCUUACUGUUCACCACCACAUGGCAGAAUUUCCAAUGGAAGUUUGUUGUGAAUGUAAAUGAGGGAGGAGUCUUCUCUUUUUAAUGUACUAAUCAUGGUUCUUUGGAGCAGGAUCAUAUGCAAGAACGGUGUUUACAUGUGGUGUGAUUUUUUUUUUUUUCCUUAACCCACUUUUUUUGGUAACAGUCUGUUUUCAGAAAGGAAAUGAAAACUUUUUAGCCAACUUGUGGAUGGUUUUUAUACUAAAAAUUUAAGAACCUGUUGCCUACUCUCAGAGGAUUAUGUAAACCCUGCAGUGGAAACUGAGCCAGCUGAUUUAUAAAGCUGCCUUAGUUUAUUUUUAGAGAUAACUGUACAGAAUUUAAGCAGGGCAAGUGGGGUGUAAUCCUCCCUCCCCUGCCAUGGCCUCUUUGAGUUCUUUUUUUAUUAUAUACCAAGAGUUCCUAUGAAAUAGACUGGACAAAAGGGGCAGAGGGUCUGUUUCGGUAUGCCACUCCCGUUUUGUAAAUAUUUAUUUACCUCCUUAGCCCUGUUGUGUCUGUGGCAGAACAUCAGACUUUCUCCAUAUUUUCCUUCAUCAUCUCUGAUGCUCCUCAGUCUGUCUUCAUGCUGAUUCACGGGUUUGGUCCAGGGUAUUUUCAUGAUGUAAUGUGUUUGGGUCAGAGCAAGGGCUAGGGGCUGCCUGGCUUGGGCCAGCUCCGUCAAUCAAGCUGACUCACUGGGAAGGGCUUGUGCCCACUUCAUUUCUUUUUGUGGCUUUUUUCUCUUAGUUUUCUGAGAGAAGUCAUGGCCACAGACUAAGUGGCGGACCCUCUUCACCGUUAGCCCCUCUGGUUGCAGGCUGUCCUGCAGGCUCGGGCUGUAUUUUGCCAUGAGUACCAUAUGGUUGGCAUGCACCCAUGCAGCUAGGCUUGAGUCAGCACCCUUAUGGGGAUUGGCCAGGUCACUUAGAGGGUGAGGGGUUCGGGUGGCCAUUUUACAGGCUUCUUGGCUUCUUCCUGCUCAGGCCGUGAGGCCUGAACUUCAUCCCCAUUCUUUUGAAUCUACUUUCAAAUAGAGGCUGUCCCAGCCCCACCAGUACCAUAGGAAAUCUCCAUUGUGUAAAAUGGAAACGUCCCUUUCAGUCUCUGGAAGAUGACUGGUCUACUUUGCUCUCCCUGUUUUCUUAACAGUUGGAUCUUGUUGGGCCAUCCAUGUCUGGGGUGGGGGGUGCUCUUUCUCAGUACCUGCCCCUUAUGACUUCGUACACCAGAAGCCCACACACUGGUCAAGUCAUUUCAAGAGCAGACAGGACUGGAGAUGUAGCUCUGUGGAGGAGCACUUGCCUAGCAUGUGCAAGGCCCUGAGCAGCUCCCAAAAACAACAGUACACAAGUAGGCAAACAACCAGAGAGGAAAAACGGGAGAGGGAGGGGGAUUGAACCCUACAACAGCAAACAGCUUUCUAAAAGAAGUGCAUGAGUUUUCAAACAGGUUAGCAGUGCCAAUGAUUGUGUUUGCUUUUCCCUGUAGAGGACCAGUGUUUUUAUGUUAUUGAGAGAAAAAAACCCAUUCACUUGUCUGUUUCUGAGUUGAUAUGUAUGUAUGUGCAUAUGUAUAUAUAUAUUGCCUAUAUGCUAUUUCCUUUAGGUGGAGAUCACUUGAUUCCAAAUAUUCUUCCUUUUUAAACCUCUUUGCCCCAGCCUCUGUUGGAUGUUUAAUAUUUUGAGAGCUGUGUUGGAGCUCAGCUUGUUUCUUGAUGUGUCUUGAACCCCCAACUUGCAGCCCACGGCUGUGAGUGUAAGAUGGUGUUAGGAUUGCAGCCGUGGCCCUGCUAGACACAUACACACACCAAAGACAUACCUGGUUCUGGGUCAUUCUCCCCACCCCCUAGGACCUCUACUCACGUGCCAGUCUCCCCGACUGGAGCACUUUACUGUUUCUUAGCCCUGUGGCUCCGCAGUGCCACCUGGGCAGGCGUAGCAGGCUCUCCGAGCCAGGUGCCAAUGGCAUGUGCGGCCCCACAAGCAUGCUUACCUCUGGCCCAUUGGCCUCCAGCCUUGGGCUGGCCAUUGAAGCAGCUCAUGGGGAAAUAAGAGAUUCUAUGAAUUGUAGAAGUAUUCAAGGACAGGAUGCUGGCACCAGAAGUUAGACAUGACUGGAUGUGUCUGUACUGUAUCUGUUUAUCCAAUGCCUCCCUGCAGAAAAUAUGCCUACCCACUGUGGGCAGACCUUUGUACUUUUUAAUUUUUAUUAUUUUUUUAACUUUCUGUAGGACAGAAACUAGACCCCCCCUUUUUUAAACAUAAUGCGGGUUUUGUGCCUUGACAGCCUCUCCCCAU